AAUGUAGUAAACGUAAUGUUUGGCUAAUAUUAAUAAUACAGUAGUCGUGUGUUUGGCAGUGAAGUGACUGAAAGACAAACAGACAGACAGACAGUCAGUGAAGACAACACAACACUGUCGAUCACUGAACCAAAUGGACGAAACAGCCGACACUAAGCCUGUCAUCGAUCCGGAAGUGGAUUCAGGUGUGACUCAUACUAAAGGAGACGAUCAGCCGAAAGACGAGACGUUGACCGUUGCCGCCGAUAAAUCGGAACAAUCAUCUGUGGCUAAUGAAGACAGUGAAGCCAACAUCAGUGAUACACCGAUGGACACGGAGUCUACUGAGUUAAAGACUGAGCUUAAACCAGUCGAAGAAACUGAAUCACAAGUGGUUGCACCUGUAGAUGAACCGGCAGAACCAGCCGUAGAGCCGGUUCCAGAAGUGGCACUUAGAUCGCCAUCGGAACCCGAAAAACCAGUGUCACCGGCACCGGCUGUUCAGUCGGCGACUCCACCGCACACACAGAGCUCUAAGAAGCCCAAAGUGGACUUAGCUUCGGUACCGGUGCGCCAGUACUUAGACACGACUGUUGUCCCCAUCCUAUUGCAGGGUCUGUCAACUGUGGCCAGAGAGAGACCAUCAAAACCAGUGGCAUAUUUGGCACAGUUUUUGUCGGACAGGGCUCAAGAAUAUGACGAGUAAUUGGACGACAAAUUAAA